AUGCUAUUUGAAGGGAAUCUGCUGCGAGUUUUUGAAAAAGAAUUUGGUUCCGUCGAAUUGCCUCGAAAGUUCAAGCGACUGCCGAUUAUUAUUCUUGUCAGGAGCUUUUUCGCUGUGCUGACAUGUACAUCGUCCAAGAAUUUCCAGCUGCUGGAGCAUGUGCGACUUGCUUCUUGUCAUCCGAAAUUCCUUGUUGGAACAGUGAGUGAGGACCCUUUGGUAAUGAAUGACGCCACAUGCCGACAUCUCCUCGACGAAGCAAAAAAUUCUCAACUUCUGCGACUAUCUACUUACGGACCACUGGAACUGCAAGGAAGGAAAUCUCGCAAAUCAUUCGAAACAGGCGAAGUAUUAUACGUUGGUAUGGCAAGUUAUUGC